AUGUCUGAAGUUAUUUCUGAUGUGUUCUGUGUUACAGCGGUAUGUGGACAACAUGACUGGUCUGUAAAUUACACUUCCACUCAGAUCUGUGCAUUAAAAGGAUCCACAGUGGACAUAGACUGCACCUUCACAUACCCACUCACAAUAAAUGAGACAAAAACUGUAACUGAAAAAACGUUAUGGUUUACUAAAACGAUCAACGGAGGACUUGUGGACCUGAUGACAGACUCAGACUACAGAGGUCGUGUGAUGUAUAACUGUAAUGAGAGAAACUGCAGUCUGAGAAUCACAGGACUGAAAGAGAGAGACUCAGCUGUGUACAAGUUCAGCUUCAUAACAAACCAACCAGGUGGGAGUUUUACUGGUUCUCCUGGAGUCACUUUGUCUGUCACAGACCUCAAGGUGGAGGUGAGAAGAUCAUCGUCCCUGACAGAGCUGAGGUGUAAAAGCAGCUGUGAUGAAAUUGAUCCUCCCUCGUAUGUUUGGUACAAUAAUGGACAGAAAAUGGAGGAAGAGGCUUCUUCUUGUAGAGUCGCUGUUAGAAACGAGGACAGCUUUUCCUGUGCUGUUAAAGGACGUGAGGAUCACCGCUCUCCAUCAGUGUAUGCUCCAAGCCCUCCUUCAGUGUCAGUGAAUCCCUCUGGUGAGAUAGUGGAGGGAACCUCAGUGACUCUGACAUGUAGCAGUGAUGCUAACCCAGCAGCUACAUACUCUUGGUACAGGAGAAAUGUCCGUACACCCGUCAGUGAAGAACAAACACUUGUCUUCACGUCCAUCCAGUCUUCUGAGUCUGGAGAAUAUUACUGUACCUCUGAGAAUGAACUGGGGAUGAGGACGUCUGAACCCAUCAACAUUGAUGUGAAAUAUGCUCCCCAACCUCCUUCAGUGUCAGUGAAUCCCUCUGGUGAGAUAGUGGAGGGAACCUCAGUGACUCUGACAUGUAGCAGUGAUGCUAACCCAGCAGCUACACACUCCUGGUACAGGAGAAAUGUCCAUACACCCGUCAGUGAAGAACAAACACUUGUCUUCACGUCCAUCCAGUCUUCUGAGUCUGGAGAAUAUUACUGUACCUCUGGGAAUGAACUGGGGAUGAGGAUGUCUGAACCCAUCAACAUUGAUGUGAAAUAUGCUCCCCAACCUCCUUCAGUGUCAGUGAAUCCCUCUAGUGAGAUAGUGGAGGGAACCUCAGUGACUCUGACAUGUAGCAGUGAUGCUAACCCAGCAGCUACAUACUCUUGGUACAGGAGAAAUGUCAGUACAGCUGUCAGUGAAGAACAAACACUUGUCUUCACGUCCAUCCAGUCUUCUGAGUCUGGAGAAUAUUACUGUACCUCUGAGAAUGAACUGGGGAUGAGGACGUCUGAACCCAUCAACAUUGAUGUGAAAUAUGCUCCAAAACCUCCUUCAGUGUCAGUGAAUCCCUCUGGUGAGAUAGUGGAGGGAACCUCAGUGACUCUGGCAUGUAGCAGUGAUGCUAACCCAGCAGCUACACACUCCUGGUACAGGAGAAAUGUCCAUACACCUGUCAGUGAAAAACGAACACUUGUCUUCACGUCCAUCCAGUCUUCUGAGUCUGGAGAAUAUUACUGUACCUCUGGGAAUGAACUGGGGAUGAGGAUGUCUGGACCCAUCAACAUUGAUGUGAAAUAUCUACCAAAACCUCCUUCAGUGUCAGUGAAUCCCUCUGGUGAGAUAGUGGAGGGAACCUCAGUGACUCUGACAUGUAGCAGUGAUGCUAACCCAGCAGCUACACACUCUUGGUACAGGAGAAAUGUCAGUACAGCUGUCAGUGAAGAACAAACACUUGUCUUCACAUCCAUCCAGUCUUCUGAGUCUGGAGAAUAUUACUGUACCUCUGAGAAUGAACUGGGGAUGAGGAUGUCUGAACCCAUCAACAUUGAUGUAAAAUGUGAGUGA